AUGCGGAACCGACUGGUGAAAGUGUACGGUGAGAGCAUCAGACAGGCGCGAAUCAACCGCCAGGUCGACUGGGACACGGGCGCACUAGCACCUCGGCGGGACGCCGGCGAGAAUGCCACCGGUUACGGGGCCUUGGGAAUACAAAACCUGAACAUGGCAGAACUACCCAAUAAGCACCAAGUCAAGCGCUCUCUCAUCGUCGAAGGCGACCGAGUAGCCGUGAUUCGAGGGCGGGAGAAGGGCAAGAUUGGGUCUGUGACGCAAUACAGCAAGGAGUCCAACAGCGUCAAGAUCAAAGGGGUCAACGUUGUCGACGUGGUUGUGCCGGAGUACCUUACCAGAGAGCAAAACCUGUCGAGCGAUACUGUCCAACCCGUCAGUAGGAAUAUUCCGAUCGAGGAUGUACGGUUGGUGUAUCCACUUCCUGACCCUGAAACUGGUAUACCAAGAGAUGUGAUGAUAGAUCGUCUGAUUCGGAUCAAGAACGUGGGACGAGUGAUACCGGGAACCAACACCGUCAUACCGUGGCCGGAGAAGUUGCAGGAGGAAGAUGUUGACCAUCCGUACGAUACCCUCCGCAUCAAUGUGGAGGAGCAGACAUUCCGGCCUAUCUUAUUGUAUCACCCUAUGCCGGAGACGGUAUUAGACGAACUGAGGGGCAAGUACUCCAAGUUCAGGAAGCGGCACGAUCGGGAGUAUAUAGAGAAGCUGGAGUUGGAGGAUGCAAAGGUGGAGAAGCGGCGGGAGUUGAUGAAGGGUAUGCGGACGCCUUUGCAGGAGCUGGCGGCGAUGCGACAGCAGCAGAAGCAGGCGGAGUUGAAGAAGGAGUUGACGGAGGAACAGCUGGCGAGGAUUGGAGCGGUGAUUGCGGCAGAACAGGCGAAGGCGCUGGGUAGAGUGCAGGGCGUACCCGGUGCAGAGCGGUGA